GUUAAAAUGUAAUCAUUAAAAAUAUAGAAAUAAUUAGAUAUUUAUUGCUGUGCUUUGUUUAUUAAUUAAUAAGAAAAAAGAAAUAACAAGACGAAUAACUGUGAUUUUCAAGUGAAAACGAAAACAUUAUAGUGAAUUAAGAGAUAACCUAAACUAUCUCUGACCUAUAGUGAAUACACAAAACUUCUUUUUUACUUUAUCUAAAUACAAAUAUUUCAAAAAGUAUAGAAAAUUUAAUUUUUCAAUGAUUUGUGAAUGAUAAAAAAUGAAGCAAGAAGUACAUAAAUUAUAAUAAAAAUCUAUACUGAUUGUAUCCUAUGUAUUCACAGAUACUAAUAAGGAUUCUAUAAAGGAAGCAAAAAAAGAAUAGAGAUUAAAAGAGAUAAAUAAAUAAAAUAUUAAAACGAGGACCAAGCUAAUUAUUAGUUUACAACGUAGUAUAAAAAUGAUUACAAUAUCGAAAAGUUACAAAUGUUUUAAACAUUUAUCAAUUUCGUGUCUGUCAAAACAAAAAACAAUUUACUGCUUAAAUCAAAUCGGACUAACAUCGAGAAUUCUAUUUCUGUCUAAUAUCUAAACAUUUAAAACGAUAAGUACGCUUUAUCUUCUAUAAUUCUUAAAAUGAUUCUGGACAUUGGAAAAUGUGUAUUCCUGAUUCAGUUGGUGGAUGUAAUGAAUGAACCGGUGAUCGUUAAUUCGCCAUGCCCUAAAUUUUUUCGUUAUAUUCGGAGCAAUGUUAUCGAGACAAUGGGACAGAUCAAAAUACCGUCUCCGCCGAAAAAUGUUCCGUUACAUUUGAAAAUAAAAUUAACCGUGUCAGCAUUGUUACCCACUAAAUAUAAUGGUCGAUUGAAAUUGGCGCAAUCGUUAGAAGAAUCGGUGAAAGCGAUUCAAGAAAACAGAUCGUUGUAUUAUUUAGUUUAUUUUCCUAUAUACCGACCAAUACCGAUAUUAACAGGUAUAUGGUUGAACGAUCAGGAAUAUUGUAGCGCUCCACCGUCAUUAGGAAUUAUUGUGACGUCAAUUUUUUUGGAACAUAUAUUGUUACCACCUAGAAUAUUAUUGAUAUCUAAAAAUCAAGGAAACAACGAUAAUGUGGUGUCGAGUUUUAAUGAUUUUUUAUUAUCCAAUCCAUGUCGAUUUCCACUGAUUUUAUCAUUGGAAAAAGAACAGCCAACAUUAGACUUACAAUUUCCCUCCAAUGAUGACAAUACCUAUAACAUUUCUGAUGGAUCAAUUAAUAAAUGUUGUCAACGCAUUAGUAAUAAUACUCUUGUUACAUCUAGGAAGACAUCUAUGGAUCAAUGGCCUUGGAUGGCUGCUGUUUUUGUUAUGAGAAAUAAAUUAGAUUUGCAAUGUGUCGGUAGUUUGAUUACAAACAAGCAUGUCAUUACAGUAGCACACUGUAUAAAAAUGUACAAUGUGAUCGUACCAAUAAAUACUAUGGUCGUUUCUUUGGGACAUUAUCAUAUAAGAAAUUGGAAUGAAACAGAGCCGACCAAUCGAAAAGUUGAAGAAUAUAGAUUACAUCCAGACUUUAAGGAUGAUUUAAAAAAUCCAACGGCUGAUGGAGAUCUCGCCAUUAUCAUAUUAAAAAAUCCAGUCAUUUUUUCUCCAUUUAUUAAACCAAUUUGCCUUUGGUCUGGAUCGAAUGAUUUAGAAGACGUAAUCGGUUCCACAGGAUAUGUUGUUGUUUGGGAUCACAAGGAUUUAAUUAAUCCUUAUUUGGAUAAAUCUCGAUUGAUCAGAAUGACAAUAAUGUCUCAAGAAGAUUGUCUUCGGAGCAAUGAAGUUUUUGUAACUCUCACGUCAAAUCGUACUUUUUGUGCUGAUUCUAAAAACAAUAAUGGACCGUGUAAUGGUGAUAGUGGAAGUGGAUUGUUAAUACGUAAGAAUGAUGGAUCUUAUUUAUUACGUGGAAUUGUUUCACGAUCCAUUCAAGAUGAAAUUACAAUGUCCUGUGAUUUUACACAAUAUGUUGUCUAUGUUGACAUAGCGAAAUAUUUAGAUUGGAUACAUUUGCAUAUCACUAUUUAAACAUAAUAGAAAUUAUUAUGAUA